GGGCUGGCAUGGCGACUGGAGUAACAGCUGAGGAGCUAGUGCGGUCCCGGUAAACACAACGUGACUCCCGGUCAUGGAGAGUCCCAGCCAGGUGACCGAAGCUGCUGGGGGCGGUGCCGAUGUGACUGACAGCUCUGUGAGAUCUGAUCCCGGUAAAUCUGCGGAGAAGUACCCUGUAAACUCCGAGGAAGGCAGCGCCCAACCCCGGUUACCGGUGACAGCGGAUGGAGAGCUUCCAGCUGGACGUUCCAGGGAGAUGCAGGAGGCCGGGAAAGCUGAACAGUCCAUGGGGGACGUGCAAACCGAGGCGGCCGCGAAACCUCCGAGCAGCGAGAGCCCUCUGAAUGCGAACACAGACACCGAGCCUGGGCUGGAGAAGAUAGGUGGCGAGGCCUUACCGGUCCCGUGCUCACUCACCCCCGAGGAACAGAGCAGCAAUGGCCAAAGCCUGCCUGGAGGGUCCCAGAGCCUGGACUCACUGGAGUCUUUCUCCAACCUCCCCUCCUGCCCCAGCUCGGACUUAAAUAGCGAAGGGGCGGAUGAGAAGGUACCCGGGGCAGUCGAUGAUGAUGAUGAUGAAGAAGAGGGUAAAGACAAUCAAGCCGCCAGGGAAAGGUACCCCGGCCAGUCCGUCUAUCACAUAAAAUGGAUCCGCUGGAAGGAGCAGAGCACCCCCAUAGUCACUCAGAAUGAGAACGGACCGUGCCCUUUGCUGGCCAUCAUGAAUGUCCUGCUGUUAUCAUGGAAGGUGAAAUUACCCCCUAUGAUGGAAAUAAUUACUGUGGAGCAGCUCAUGGAGUAUCUAGGAGACUACAUUCUUGAGGCAAAACCAAAAGAGAUUUCUGAAGUUCAGCGCCUGAACUAUGAGCAGAAUAUGAGUGAUGCCAUGGCUAUCUUGCACAAGCUGCAGACAGGGCUUGACGUUAAUGUGAAGUUCACCGGAGUGAGUGUCUUUGAGUACACUCCAGAAUGCAUUGUCUUUGACCUUCUCGACAUACCAUUAUAUCACGGAUGGUUGGUGGAUCCUCAGAUUACUGAGGUGGUCAAAGCCGUUGGUAACUGUAGCUAUAACCAACUGGUAGAGAAGAUCAUCUCGUGCAAGCAGUCAGACAGCAGUGAGCUUGUUAGUGAAGGUUUUGUAGCUGAACAGUUUCUAAGUGGCACAGCUACGCAGCUGACUUACCAUGGCUUGAGCGAGCUGACCACCAGCCUGCAAGAAGGAGAGCUAUGCGUGUUCUUCAGGAACAAUCAUUUUAGCACCAUGACCAAAUAUAAGGGUCUGCUGUACUUGCUGGUGACAGAUCAGGGAUUUCUCACAGAAGAAAAUAUUGUCUGGGAAAGCUUACAUAAUGUGGACGGAGAUGGAAACUUCUGUGAUUCUGAAUUCCAUCUGAGACCUCCAUCUGAUCCAGAAACUGUGUACCAGGGACAGCAAGACCAAAUUGACCAGGAUUAUCUCAUAGCUCUGUCUCUUCAACAAGAACAGCAGAAUCAAGACAUUGACUGGGAGCAGAUUCCAGAAGGUAUCAGUGACUUAGAACUAGCCAAAAAACUCCAGGAGGAGGAAGACAAAAGAGCCUCUCAGUAUUAUCAGGAGCAGGAGCAGGCAGCAGCUGCUGCACCAGCCCAGCCAGGGCAGCAGCCUCAGGCAGCCGCGAGUCCAUCAGGUGGCCGUCCACCAGGAGCCAGUGAGCGGAAGAGGAAAGAGCCACGGGAGAAAGAGAAAGAGAAGAAUACCUGUGUCCUUUUGUAAGGAAAAGAUGACCUUUCAUGGCCAAUAAGACCAUAUUCAGAGGAAACACUAAGAAGGCAUGGUAUUGCACAGAGAAAGGGAAGGAGACACCUGUUAAUAUGCCAUCUGUGCCUGAAGAAACCCCUGUUCUUUCAGUUUGAAAAGGGGAAUUUACUACAGACCAUGUGCAGUUUUACCCACUA